AAAAUUAUACACAAAGAUAAGAGAACAAACAAAUGGAAACAGUGACAACAAACUCUGUUUUGAUAGCAAUAGUGUGUAUAGUAGUAGCGACAGGGUUAAUCAAAGUGGUGAACUGGGUAUGGUUGAGGCCCAAGAAGCUGGAAAGAUUGCUGAGACAGCAAGGUUUCUCUGGUAAUUCUUACAACCUCUUCUUUGGAGACCUCAAAGAUCUAGCUACAAUGCGAACUCAGGCCAUGAAAACCCCCAUGACUAGCUUCUCUGAUGAUUAUUUUUCGCGUGUGGAACCUCUCCGUCAUCAACUCCUCACCAAAUUUGGAAAGAACUACUUCCUCUGGUCUGGUCCUGUUCCGAUGAUAAACAUAUCAAAGCCAGAGUUGAUAAGAGAGGCCUUCACAAAGACGAACGAAUUCCGAAAGACAAAGGUGAACCCUAUUUUUCACAAACUUGUUCCUGGGCUGGUCAGUUUAGAGGGAGAGAAAUGGGUCAAACAUCGCAGGAUGAUGAACCCUGCCUUUCGUAUUGAGAAGUUGAAGCUUAUGUUACCCGCAUUCGCUGAUAGUUGUACAGAUAUCAUCAACAAAUGGGAGAUGGUAGUAGCUGAAAAGGGUUCUGGUGAGCUAGAUGUGUGGCCAGAUCUACUGCACCUCGGUGCUGAUGUGAUCUCUAGAGCAGCAUUUGGUAGCAACUAUGAAGAGGGUCAAAAGAUAUUUGUACUUCUCAAGGAACAGACUGCUUUAUCUCUUCUUAUGCUACAGUCAGUUUACAUUCCAGGAGUGAGAUACCUUCCAACAGCUAGAAAUAGGAGGUUUAAAGAAGUUGAAGAUCAAAUACAUACUUCGCUGCAUGAAAUCAUCAACAAAAGGAAGCAGGUAAUUGAGGCUGGAGAAGAGGGAAAGGGUGACUUGUUGGGCAUCUUAUUGGAUUCCAAUUAUAAGGAAAUCCAACAAGUUGUUGGCAAUAACAAGGAUUGGAAUGUUGGGAUGAGUAUUCAAGAGGUAAUUGAUGAGUGUAAACUGUUCUACUUGGCUGGACAAGAUACUACAUCAACAUUACUAGUUUGGACUUUAAUAUUGUUGAGCAAACACCAAGAUUGGCAAGCCAGAGCACGAGAAGAAAUCUUCCAGACAUUUGGGGAUAAUGUGCCAGAAUUAGAUGGUUUGAACCAUUUGAAGACAGUGACUAUGAUACUAUAUGAAGUACUAAGACUCUAUCCACCAGCGCAUCGAAUAACAAGACAGAUUUAUAAGGGUACAAAUUUAGGGGGGAUAUCAGUUCCUCCGGGUACACUGAUCAAUUUCUCAAUUCGUUGUGUUCAUCGAGAUCAGGAAAUUUGGGGUAAUGACGCACAAGAAUUCAAGCCUGACAGGUUCGCGGAAGGUAUAUCCAAGGCUACGAAAGGGAAUAACUCAUUUUUCCCCUUUGGUUGGGGACAAAGAAUAUGCUUAGGGGAAAAAUUUGCCAUGACUGAAGCAAAAAUGGCAUUAUCUAUGAUUCUACAACGAUUUUUCUUGGAACUUUCACCAUCCUACGUUCAUGCACCAUCUACUGUUAUGUUUCUACAGCCUCAACAUGGUGCUCAGAUAAUCUUACACAAGCUUUGAUGGUAUGCAAUAAUCAUUCAAAUAUACAAUCAUAAGUUCAUAACGUACUGUUGGUAUUUCCCGAGAGAUUUCAUUUCCUUAGUUUCUCAUUAGUCCAAGCAUGUGUUUGGACAUGUAUUUUAUAGGUUAAUUAUUUUUAUUUUUUUUGAUGGAAUUAUAGGUUAAAGUUUUUUCGGACUUCUCAUGAAUGUUUAACACCUUUUAUUUAGAAUAA